ACUAGCAGCAGCGUCGACAGCAGUCAACAUCGUCCGUCAUCCCUCAGUGGCUGCCCGGCCACCAAGCCGGCAUAACUGCUUCGAUCGGUCGGUUCAUGUGGUUCUCCACCACGCAUUGCGUCACGCAGCCAGUCGUCGGCGACGCGCGCCCGUCUCGUUAGAGCUCGGUGGAAAACAUUCUCUGGAAGCGGCCGACGCGCCGCUCGGGGUGCGCACGAAAUACGGAGUACGGGUACGAGUGCGGGGGCGCACGAGCGAGUCGGGGGUGCACACGGAGCGCAGUGUGCUCGCGAGGGUUGCCUGGCUGCGCAGGCACGCCAGUGCAGCCGCCGGUUUACCGCCAAGGCAGGGUAGUCGCGCGGCUCGACGAUGCAUCCAGCUGAGCUGAACUGAGCGCACACGAGCAGGAGGCUCGUGUUGCCGGCGCAGGCCACCCUCCCUUGCUCCUUUUUCUUUCAUCCCGUUCGCGACUUGUCUUCGAGGAUUAAGGCAGGAAGACAAAGAUGCCAGCAGCUGGUGCGGCCGUUCCGGCCGUUGCUGAGGGAGCCGGUCAGCUGGAGGACCUGGACGAGCCACCGGAACCACGUGUUCGUGGUGGUAGUGGACGGGCCGGCUUGAUGAAACCCCUGGUGGUGUUAGCUCUACCUGGGAUGUAUCUCUUCUAUAAGUACAGCCAGUACAGGCGGGAACAGCGCGAGUUAUCCCGCAGAAGAGUAACCGAGAGGGAACUUCAACAUCUUCAUCAUAAAAUCGACAAGUUGCUGACGAAACUAGAGGAGAACGAACCAGAGUUAGCAUCUUCGCAGGAAGAUGAGUGCGUCAUAUGUGUGAAUGCGAGAGCGACAAUGCAAACUGCACCAUGUGGACAUCGAGUGGUUUGCAGACGCUGCUUCGUCAAGACUAUACAAAUGGCGGUGUCUCAGAGGCUUUUGCCGUUGAGAUGCGUUAUAUGCAGAGCGAAGAUUCUACGGCUGAAGCAGACUCUCAUUCCGCGUGAUUAUUCGAUGUCGGGUAAAUCUUGGGUACUCCCUCAAAGCGCGUCAGAGUACAACAUGGGCACAGGCGUUACAGCCGGCGUGUCCGGACCUGGUGGCAGAUGGGGAACCGGAAGCGUACCAGCCUCUGCUUCUUUAUACUCGAUGGCCAGCGGUUCGUCCUCCAUUUCUGGAGUGUCUUCCGUCUCUUCGGCAACUUCUUCGUCCGCGAAUAGCACCGGAAGUUCCUCUCUCGGUAAACCGACGAGGGUACGGCAGCCCACAGGCGUCACUCUCAGACGUUCUCAAACGCAAUCGAUGAAAAUGCGAAUUCAGGAGUAUCAAGAUCCGGUUCAACAAAUCACUGAAGAGGAGGAAAUUAUGCGAGAGAAUCGAGAACGCCGAUUGCCACCAAUCAAAGAGUUCCAGAGGGACUAUCGUGCUGGCAAAGCCUCUACCAGAAUCAGAUGUGCUCAAAAGAUUGUGACGCAGCUGGAAACAUCGCCGAGUCCAAGAGGCACAUCUGCCGUUACAACGUCGACAUCGUCGGCAUCGUCAUGCGGCCGCGCCGCGCCUAAACGACCAGCGGCAGCGCCGAAGAUGACAGUGGUUCAGGAAGUGCAGAAGUCGAAAAAGGAGAAAGAACGAGAGAAGGAGCGGGAAAAAGCGGAGAAAGCGCGCCAGAAGGAGGAAGAGAAGGCAGAAAAGACUAGGCAAAAGGAGGCGAAGAAGCUGGCGAAAGAAGAGAAGAAGAGAGCGAAGAAAGAAGCAAAAGCACGGCGAAAGGAAGCCGAGGAGGCCCCUCUCUUGAGGGACGAAAAGUAAGGUCUGACUGAGCGUAUAGAAAUCUCGAAAAAGAUAUCGAGACAUCGAUCGUCGUGAUACAGAUAUCCUAAAGAGUUCUCGACGACUGAUGGCGUUUUUUAUGGGAUUUUAUAUAGGAUGAGUUACGGACGUUUGUAUAAUUACGAGGACAAAUGGAGCAUCGUAAGUGACAGUUGCUCUGAUGCCUUUUGAAAAUUUCAACAACCAGCUAUUGACUAAUAAACAUGGCCUAGCGCGAAAACGGUUCUCCAAGAAACGAAUACUUGGCGCGAUUGUAGAGAUUCCGUUUGUUAAUAAAUCCAAGAUAUGUAUGGGGUUCCUUUAUUCCUUUAGUAAAGUUAUAACGCCAAGAAAUUGUUUCAACAGUCCGUAACUCGUCCUGAUGUCCUCGUCAUCUUAAAAGAGAGGUUUGCGAGAAGGCGAUGAGAAGAAGUAAUACCUAAAAAAGAAAAAAACUCUAGAAGCGGCCAAACUUAGUAACCCGUCAUAUCGAGUUAUCGCGGACUAAUACUAUUAUCGAUAGGAAAACUCGAAUAUAGCGCUACAAUCUUUAAAAUUCCAAGCGAAUUAUUUGAACGUUAUACCCUUACUAUCACGAUUUUAUUUAUUCCGAGAACAUCUUCUAUAACUUGUUUGAGUCAUCCUGCCAAAAUCUGCCAUGAGAUCUUUAUUUAGUCCGAAGUGAUAACCCCUUAGAGUUAAUAAAAACGAUGCGCAAACGUGAUCUCUACUGAUUAUACGUAUGAUCAUCGCAAAAACUCAAUUCAUAGUUGAUUCACUCGCGAUAACCAUCCUCGCUGCAACAUUUAAUCGCCGAUUCCACUUCUCCAGUCAAUUUAAACUAGUCAUCAUGUUCUCGCCUAGUCCGAAAAAAAAAACACUCGACUCUCAAUCUUUUUACCCCCAUCAUAUUAUAACAUCUCAUCUUAGCAGAGAAUUGCAUGGGGCGAAAUGCUUGCAAAACACAAAAGAAAUUUAUCUAUUUUAUUAGUAGCCUAGUAAGAAAAAUUUAUAUGAAUUUAUAAUAUUUUUAAUGUUUUAGUAUGUAAAAAAAGGUUCAUUUUUAGAAUCCCAAGAAGGUCCAAUAUAAAAAUUCACGUAUUUAUAGCUUCCAAAAGCUCGAAAUUUUGCAACUAAAACAAAAAAGAAUGCAAGCAUUUUUUUCCGCUUUUGCAUUCUCCCGUAUUAAAUACUCCUCUCAUCUAUCAUAUGUUGUAAAUACACCCGCAAGAACUCACAAGCGGACGUGAAGGACUUUCGUGCCGCGUGCAAAGUCGUACAAGCCGCGAACGAGAGUAGCCUAAUAAGAUCGAUUUGUUAAAAUGCGCGAUAGUAUACCUAACAUAACGAAAUAGAGUCUUAUAUAGUACACAAUAUACACAAUUUAUAAAAAUAUAUAUAUAUUAUAAAUAUAGGCAGAGAACAGAAAUUUUUGAAACGCAGCGCGUGUCUCGUUACUGUUCGUGAAUUCGUAUAGGCUCGUAGAAACUCCCGUUAUCGAUUAUACAUAUUCGGUUCGACUUUUUUCCCCGCUCGACAAUUCAUGAGCAACUAUUAAACGAAUGAAGCAAUUAAUUAAUGAAAUCGCUAUAUUGUAUGGCGUAUAGUAGGUUCCUUAUACGGUGUUUUAAAGAUGCAGAAUUAAAUGAGAAUUACGCGUUGAUAGCUUUAAUGACAAAAACCCCCUGUGUCGUCGACACACAUACAUUCACACCUACAAAAAAUUCACACACACACACACACACACACACACA